AUGAGGGAGGCUUGUCCUGUGGGCUACUUCAAGUCUGAGUCUGGCUCCACUCCCUGCUCUGUGUGUCCGUCCAACAGCAGAACCAGCCAGGAGGGAUCGAGUGUGUGCGAAUGUCGCAGUGGCUUUUAUCGUGCAGCCAACGAUGCCAACUCUACCGCCUGCACAACUCCUCCUUCUGCUCCAGUAUCUCUGACAUGGGAGUAUGAAAGCGGCGAUGGAGGAGUCUCCUUAAGAUGGCGUCCCCCAGUGGACAUGGGAGGCCGCACUGAAGUGUGGUACGGGGUAGUUUGUCGCAUUUGCCCUUCGCCCACCUUCAGCAACCCAACCGCAUGUUCCUGGUGUGGAGAGGGAGUCACCUUCAGUCCAUCACAGACCAACCUGAAACAGACUAAAGUCACCCUCAACAAUCUGCUGACCAGGGUCACUUAUCUCAUACAGGUGCAAGCAAUGAAUGAGGUUUCAUCUUUGAGUCCUUUUCCGGCUCGAUACACAAGCAUCAAUUUCACCACCAGCCAGUCAGUUCCCAGUACAGUUCCCAUGUUGCACCAGUUGAGCCGAGCCCCAGACUCCAUCACGCUCUCGUGGCCCCAGCCGGACCGACCCAAUGGAGACAUCCUGGAGUACCAGCUACGAUAUUACGACAAGGGUUCAGACGUGGACAGUGCCAUGACGGUGUACAGCGAGACCAACACAGUGACCGUCAACUCCUUGAUUCCCGGCUCUAUCUACGCCUUCCAGAUCCGAGCUCGAAAUGAACGAGGCUACGGCCCAUACAGCAACACCAUCUACUUCACAACGCUGCCGCUUGAGGAGCAUUCACAGCAGAUCCAGAACCGACUUCCUCUGCUCGUUGGCUCAGUGAUGGGCGGGGCAGCGUUUCUCCUCGUGGUGGCAGCAAUCAUUGUCGUGGUUGUAUUUCGCAGCAAGAGGAGAGAGAGUCCUUACAGUGACCGGCUUCAGAGGUACAUCAGUAAUCGUGGUGGUGUUAAGUAUUAUGUGGACCCUUCUACUUAUGAAGACCCCAGUGAGGCUGUUAAAGAAUUUGCCCGUGAAAUAGAGCCUUCUCACAUCAAGAUUGAGGAGGUGAUUGGUGCAGCCCAGUUUGGAGAAGUGUCUCGUGGACGUUACCGUCCUGUGGGCCGCAGGGAAGUGCUGGUGGCUGUGAAGACUCUUCGCUGGGGGGCGUCUGACAGAGAGAAGGGCAUGUUUCUCAGUGAAGCGGGGGUCCUGGGACAAUUUGAUCAUCCCAAUGUGCUGAAGUUGGAGGGGGUUGUCACGCGGACUCCUCCGGAGAGGAUCAUCACAGAGUUUAUGGAGAACGGACCACUGGAUGGUUUCCUCAGGGAAAACGAAGGUCAGUUCAGUGUCCUCCAGCUAGUUGGGAUGCUCAGGGGAGUUGGUGCGGGGAUGCGGUAUCUCUCUGAGAGAAACUUCGUUCACAGAGACCUGGCUGCCAGAAACGUGUUGGUCAACUCCAACCUAGUGUGCAAAGUUUCUGACUUCGGCCUCUCCAGACUCAUGAGGGGUCUGGAUCACAACAUGCCCACAUACACCGCCUCUCUGGGCAGUAAGAUUCCAGUGAGGUGGACCGCACCAGAAGCUUUUCAACAUCGAAAGUUCAGCACAGCCAGUGACGUCUGGAGCUUCGGCAUACUGAUGUGGGAAGUGAUGUCCUACGGAGAGCGCCCGUACUGGGACAUGAGCAACCAAGAGGUGAUGAAGGCAGUAGCAGAUCAGUAUCGGCUCCCUCCACCUCACAACUGCCCCCCUGCUCUCCACUCCCUGAUGCUUCAGUGCUGGCAGGCAGAACGGGGAGAGCGGCCAGGCUUCGACCAGCUCCUCUCCUCUUUGGAUCGGCUCAUCAGGCACCCUGCCUCCCUCAAGGCCGAGCCAACUCGGAGCUGCUCGCAACCGCUGCUCAGCCCCACGCCCACAGACUUAACGGCAGUGGUGACUGUCGGCGACUGGCUGAAAGCGCUGAGGAUGGAGAGAUAUCAGGAGGAGUUUGAUCGGGCAAACAUAGACACAUUAGACAGAGUCAGCAUACUCACUAUGGAAGAUGUCCAGAACCUUGGUGUGAACCUGUUGGGCCAUCAAAGGAAAAUCUUCAGCGCAGCCCAGCAGCUCAGGGCCCACCUGACGCAGGGCCAGGUGGAGGUCUGAGACCGAAGCCAGAGCACAAUCUGUCCCAGUUUCCACCUCCCCUCACUCUUCCUUUUUAUUUCAUGGGGAACUUUUUAAGCAGAAAUGGAAAAAGAAGCGUCUCUCUGAACUGUAUAUUCUUAUAAAACCUGAUACACCACAGUAACCGAAUGCCCUCCCACUGAAAAAACAGAAGACAGGUGCACCAUGGGAGCUGAAGUCCAGGUCAAACUGAGGUUUGUAAAAUUGCUGAAGAGGGCUUUAACGUUUCUUUUUUCCUGUGCUUUUCACUUCUUUUCUUCAUCAUUCUUUGCCCUUUCUCACUGAGAUUCUAUCCUAUUUCAACCGUUCCAAAUGAAGUAAAACUACAAAAAAAAAAUCUUAAUAUAAAAGUCAAGGAAAUCUUUCCUCACAAAGAAUUGCGUGAAGACAAUCAAAGGUUUUGUUAUUUUUUUUAGUUAUUUGUAAAGCUGUAUCACUUCCUCUCUACUUAAAUAACCAAACUACCUAACAGCUUACAGUAGCUGAAUUUUGCUUUCAGAAAAACAUAAAGUUUGUUUAGUGUUAAGCAAAAGUGCGAUAAACCACCAAAGUCAGUAAGUCACUGGGAAAACUCAAAUCAAAAUGUUUUUGUAUGAAUACUCUAAGCCAUGUUGUGUCCUUUAAGAAGGCAUAUCCAGGGUCUAAAAGAAGCUCCUCUCUUACGGUCCACGCUGUCUUCGGUGACACAUUAAAAUUUCUCCAGAACCGUGACAGAAACAGAAGCCAGCAGCACCGUAUGUGUACAUUUCACACUUCACCUCUGUUUCAUUCGAUUGCCUGAGUAAAAGACACCCCGUCACUGGAGCAUGGUGAAUGUGAGAAAUGGGGAAGACGGAGAAAAUCUGAUCUGAUUUACACCUGGAGGGAGCAAGAUGCUUUGUGGCGGUUUGACAGAAGCACGUGUGUGUCUGCGUGUGUGUUGUAAGGAAGACUGUGCUGUUAUGUCCACCAGGAUUUUUGCUGUAACAUAAUUUUGUGUGUGAGUGCGUGGGGUGUGUGUGUGUGUGUGUGUGUGUGUGUGUGUGUGUGUGUGUGUGUGUGUG